AUGGAUAAGCCGUAGUCCAUAGAUGAUGGAAUUAUUCUUAAUUUAAAAAUUGGAAAAUGAUGAAUCAAAAGAAUUAUUAGCCAUUAUGCGGAUGGAACUGUAAGAUUCUGGAAUGCAUUUGAUAUUGUUCUAUCUCUCUACAAGUACAAUUCAUCUAACUUAUUUAUUGGUGAGUGGAUGUUCUUAAGCAACCACUUUGACAACCCUAGAUUGUCUGUAAAAUGUACGAUUAUACAACCAUUUUGGAUGUUCUUGUGCAAUCACUGUACUUUGACAACCCUAGAUUGGCUGUAAAAUCUACAGUCAUAUAGCGAUUUUACAGCCAAUCUGGGGUCGUCAGAAUACAGAUUAUCAUCGAAAUGCUGCAAAGGAUUAUGGACAUAUAAAUUGCAAGUUUUUUUGUAUAAAGUUUUUUUUAUUGAGAAAUAAUAAAAAAACACACACGAUUUCGAGAUUAGCCUAACGUUUGAUUUUUUUAAAUAUACCUUGAUAAAUCUCAUAUUUCUCAAAAUUGAAAAUUUAUAUAGGAGAAUAUUCUGGACUAAUCCUCUAUUGAUAACUUCUAAUUUAACUUGAUAAGAAUUCUUCCGGGUCUUUAUGUGAAUAUUUAGUAAAAAAAUUUAAUUACUAAUUUAAUUACUAAUUUUAUUUGGCUCAAUUAAUUAAUAGCGAAUGAAAAUGCCAUCAGUUGCGAGAACUUUAUUUCAAGAGAAGAGGGUGGCGUGAUAUUUUUAAUUUUUAAUAAAAUAUUGUUUUAAAUUUAUUGAAAUUUCUAUAGUUCGUAACAUAUUUUUGAAGAAUAUUAUUUCACAUUAAUAAUAUAAAAAUAUUAAGUUUAUCAUUUCUUGAAAUAUAUAACCGAUUUUAGGAUUGUAUUUUAUUACAUGUAUUUAUAUUUUUUUCGUAAUCAUCUAUGGAACGGAUAUAAGAUUAUAAAUUACUUUUUUAGAACAGAGAUAUCUUAA